UUGUGUUUGUUUUCUGGAUUUUAAGAUAUUGUACCCUGGAAGAAUGUUUCAAAGUGAUCUUGUACUGAGUCCAAGCCUAUAGAUGGAGCAAUGCAAAUGCCUUGAACCAGUGUUGGUUACCAAAAGCGAGGCUAUGAUUUGGUGAGGGAGAAGUUGUUGUUUUACUUUAUUUGCUGUGGAUUGUAACAAAGAGAUAAAGGAGGAAAAUCUCUUAAAUCCAGGUAAUUUUUUUAUUGGUAGUCUUUAGUAUCCAAUUAUGGAUUAUACUCAUCUAGAUUUUCAUCUAUAUUUAGACAAAGAAAAUAAUAAACAUAUCUUUCUCCAUCCCUGAUCUUUCUCUCUCUUUCUCUCUCUCUCUCUCUCUCUCUACAGUUUUUCUUGUUCAUCUUGACAAAAACCCUUUGACCUUUCCAUUAUAAUUUUCAAUUUAAGCUUCAACAGGAGACAAAUGCCAUUUUGUAUUAUUGUAAUGUGUUGUUUGAUCUAGCAAUAAUUCUUCUCAUGAGCUUUUAUUCAUGCUUGUCUGCUAUAGUUUCCCUUCUUUAUCCUUCUCUCCUCCUCCUUUGACUCCUUUCCUCGAUAAGGCCUCACAAGGCGAUCCCAUGGAAAGUUUAUUUUUCUGCAACUAUCUGGUUGUUUCAUUUCUGCCCUGCUCCUCUCCCUUCAAUUACUUCUUCCAAAGGACCUAACCUCACGUUUGUGUUUCCAGCAAUUUCCUGUUUGAUUUGCCUUGUUUCUUGUUGCGUACCAGUCUCUUGCAGUCUAAAUGGGGGUCUGUUGUAGCAAGGGCACAGGGAUAGUUGUGGAGAAUGGCACGGAUGAUAAUAAUCAAUAUGGAGAUGGGGAGGCUGAGGUUAGGGAUACAUAUGAUGGAGCCAUUAUAAGGUCGCGUGGAUCAUCCAAACAUGUUUCCAUGGCAAUCAAACAAGGAAAAAAAGGGAUAAAUCAAGACGCCAUGACAGUCUGGGAGAAAUUUGGUGGGGAGGAAGAUAUGAUCUUUUGCGGUGUAUUUGACGGUCACGGUCCCAUGGGUCACAAGAUUUCUCGUCAAGUAUGUGAAAAUUUACCUUCAAGGGUUCAUUCGAAAAUUAGAUCUUCCAAAACUGGUGGUGAAAACAUAGAGAAUAAUAGUUCACAGAGUCAGGAGGAACUCUUCCGUGAAUUUGAGGACAUUCUAGUGACAUUUUUCAAGCAAGUAGACAGCGAACUUGGUCUUAACUCUCCAUAUGAUAGUUUUUGCAGUGGUACAACUGCUGUCACCGUCUUUAAGCAGGGUGACUGUUUGAUGAUCGCCAAUUUGGGAGAUUCACGAGCUGUUCUUGGCACCCGAAGCAAGAACAGUUUCAAAGCCGUCCAGCUCACGGUUGAUCUGAAACCAUGUGUCCAACGCGAAGCAGAGAGAAUAGUGUCAUGUAAGGGAAGGGUGUUUGCUAUGGAGGAGGAACCCGAUGUUUAUAGAGUGUGGAUGCCUGAUGAUGAUUGCCCGGGGCUAGCAAUGUCAAGGGCUUUUGGUGAUUUCUGCCUCAAAGACUAUGGACUUGUUUGUAUUCCUGAGGUCUUUUGCAGAAAAGUUGGUAGAGAAGACGAGUUUGUGGUUCUAGCUACCGAUGGGAUUUGGGAUGUUUUGUCAAACGAAGAAGUGGUGAAAAUUGUAGGUUCUUGUAAGGACCGGUCAACGGCAGCUGAGACGUUGGUUCAGCGAGCUGCUCGGACUUGGAGAACAAAGUUUCCAGCCUCUAAAGCUGAUGACUGUGCAGUGGUGGUGCUUUACCUAAAGCACCGGCCUUACCCAAGAGAAGGAAACGUGAGCAGAGCAAUGUCGAGUAUUUCCUGGAGAUCAAGUAAGAGCAAUAACGAGUGUUAUGGAGUCGCACCAUGGUCACAGAUGGGUCCAUCUCAGAGGGUUUCAUAAUAGGACCAUUGUAUUUGUUGUUUCUAAUUGUUUAGUAAAAUCUGAACCUGUUGAGUAAGUCGAUGCUGCUCAACAUCAACUUUGUGCGUUAAAAAACAAAAAAAAAAAAAAUGGAUUCGAGUCCUAAUGGAUAAGGCGUUUGACUUCUAAUCAAACGAUAUGGGUU